UCAAUUAAGCUCAACAGCAAGUGAACGGUUAAUAGUUUUCCUUCAGUUCCAGGGUAUGUGCAGUUCGUACUGUACCAUAAUGAAAAUAACGUUAAUUAUUUGGCGGUCUGUGCAAUGUGUGUGUUAAACCCAGUUUAAAUUUGUGUGUUAAAAUGACGUAAAAAAGAUUGAAAUACUUUAAUGAAAUUGACUGAGUGAAAAUUCAUUCCAAAGAUUCAAAUGAAUGUCGAGCCCCAAUGCUUUAUUACUGCUUCGGUUUGUGUGGAUGUUUAGGCAUCUCCUUUGGGUAGGUUACUUUGUUGCAGCAUAAAUAGGCUAGUGAACUUUUUUGGUAGGCCUGCAUUCUUAAUAAUAGUGAAAGGUUGCAAUUACCUCGGUAUAGUGCAACAACGAACGUGCAGUGGACCAAAUGACUGCUCCUAAACUGCGGAAUCGCGUUUUUGGCAAUUCUUUGAUGUAAUCCGUAAAUGCACUUGAUAGUUCGUUAGUGAUUCCAGGAUGAAAUUCUUAUGCAUAGCAAAAUAUUGGAUACAUAAGAAUUAAAGUGCAACUGUUGACUCCUAAUUAAAAAAAAAAAAAACUUUAUUCUGGUGAAAUGGAUUGACAAUGAUGUUCUGAUAAAGGGGCAUGAAAGUCGAAGUCUCUCUGCGCGCGCACAUAUACGACGCACCUUGAUCAUCGAUAUUUUCUCCAUUGACUACAUGUGCAAAUGAAUAUGGUAAAACUAUUUAAUCAAAAUUUACUGGAAAUAAAAAGGACAACUUAAAACAUAAACGUGUCAACAACUGGUGAAUUACUGUUCUCGCCGUAAUGCAUAUGCAUGUGUGGUUCCCAAGGACCAUAUUUUUGGCAAGAAAACAUUUCUGUGGCCAACAGAAACGCUUCAGGUGCCAUGAAACACAUCAUGCACUUCAACAAUCCCCGGAUUCGACUGAUCCACGAUUCUGAAUCAGCCCGUUGCGGUGAAUUUAAUCACAGUUCCAAGACUGCCGGUUUCCAGAUCUCGCAAUGGGCUCAUUCCCGCGGCGACUGAGUUUGAUUGGCCGAUGAUAUUUCUUUUAAUCAUUGCUGUGUCGUAUUUUUGGGGGGUGCCCAUUGGGUACCUCGUAAAUACGCGAAUUACGAUUGGUUGAAUUUCCAUCGCACAAGAUUAACUAGCCUAUUGGUUAAUUACAGGAGGCUCGUAAUACAGCAUUUUCAACUGCUUUUCGAUACAUUUCUGAGCAUGAGUUUUUUAUGGUCUGUGCUGACUGUGACGCCGGACCAACGAGAUGCGCGAGACCCCAUAACAGGGUUUUUUUAACGAAACCUGGACCACAUCCGUGGAAUUAGAACAUGUUUCGAGAUUAACGGAAUAAAAACCAUUGGAAUAACGGUAUUAAUGAGGUUUAGAGUCUUCUCAAAAAUACAUUUUAAAACUGGGAAUGCUUCAGUACAUCAGUGUAUUGGGAUAGAAACUGGCUACGACGAACGCUGAAUUGUUGGGCAGUGAUGCACACGCGGUGGAUUAUGCUCCAUGUGAAGCUGAAUUGAGAGUGGCGUUUCUCGAAGGCAGUGAAUUUAUAUUUAGGCUAUAUAAAAAGAGAAACUAUAAGAAUCCGUGAAAUGGUAGGCUAUGCAUAAUGUUGCAUUUCUGUUGGAUUAAAAAGACGUCGACAAAGGAUACCAAGAGACCGGCUUCAGGUGUUUGCUCGCGCUGCAGCAUGCACCUCAUGGAAACACUGUUUCUCAAGUUAUACAACUAAUCUGAUAACUAUAUGAAUUGUAAGGUACAACUCUUUUUCUCGUUUCUUUUGUGAAUAUUUGGUAAAUGAAAAAAAGUUUUUUUAAAUGUAUAACCACGUGUACAUUCUUAGUCGUUGUCUCGGAACUUUGAUGUCUGUACGUUCAAAGAGAGUGUCUCGAGGUGGCCAAAUAAUUUCCUGAUACCAACGCAGGAAACCACUAAUUCGUGACCAAAUCGACCUAUGACGGCGACUGAAUUCAGUUAUAUUAUGGCUUUCUGCUUCUCCGACCUAAAGAGUUUGUAGAUACAGUGUGUAGCAGGUAGAUACUGCGUGUUAUCUGUUUAUACGUAUGGCAUGAAAAGCACCCUCGCGCUGCCAUGGAUGAUAAAUCCAAUAAAUUGAUAUUAGUUCCAAUUUUAGCUGUUCUUUUUGUAAUGAUAGGAUAUCAGUAUAUUUGCCCAGCUGGCAGUAACUCUUGCCACUUUAGGACUGUAGAGAAGUUGAGGGGGGUCAGUCCUCCGUCAAGCCAGUAUCCGCAAAGCGAGGAUUUCGAUCGGGACCAAGAGCUGGAAGAUGAUGGCCCUCCAAAAUUUCAGUACAGAUUCAACUUCACUGAACGAGAUCUUACUCGACACGUGGACUUCGACAUCAAAGGAAACGACGUGAUUGUAUUUCUCCACAUUCAAAAGACCGGUGGAACCACGUUCGGAAGACACCUUGUCAGGAAUAUUCGUCUGGAGCAACCGUGCGACUGCAAACCCGGUCAGAAGAAAUGCACUUGCCACCGACCAGGCAAAGAGGAGUCCUGGCUCUUCUCGAGGUUCUCCACGGGCUGGAGCUGCGGUCUGCACGCGGACUGGACCGAGCUCACUAACUGCGUUCCGGUCAUCAUGGACAAGAAGGAAGCUCAGAGAAACCGAAGGAACUUCUACUACAUCACCAUGCUGCGGGACCCGGUGUCGCGGUACCUGAGCGAGUGGAAGCACGUGCAGCGCGGCGCCACCUGGAAGACGGCGCUGCACAUGUGCGACGGGCGCUCGCCCACACAGGACGAGCUGCCCGCCUGCUACAGCGGCGACGAUUGGGCCGGCGUCACCCUGCCCGAGUUCAUGGACUGCCCGUCCAACCUGGCCAACAACCGGCAGGCCCGCAUGCUGGCCGACCUCAGCCUGGUGGGCUGCUACAACCUGUCCUCCAUGAACGAGAGCGAGCGCGCCCGCAUCCUGCUGGGCAGCGCCCGCGCCAACCUGCGCAACAUGGCCUUCUACGGCCUGACCGAGUUCCAGCGCAAGACGCAGUACCUGUUCGAGCGGACGUUCAGCCUGCGCUUCAUCUCCGCCUUCACGCAGAUCAACAGCACGCGUGCGGCCGGCGUGGGCAUCGGCGAGGCCGCCCGCCGCCGCAUCGAGCAGCUGAACCGCCUGGACGUGCAGCUGUACGAGUACGCCAAGGACCUGUUCCUGCAGCGCUUCCAGGCCGCCCGCCAGGCCGAGCGCCGCCAGCAGAGGGAGCAGCGGCUCAAGAGGCGGGAGGAGCGCCGCUGGCUGAAGGAGAGGCACUCCUUCCUGUCCAAGCGCCGGCGGCAGGGCGGGGGACAGGAAGUGCCGCCCACCGAGGACUACGCCAGCCAGGUGGAGCGCUGGUGAAGCCCCGCCCCUUAACUGUCCCUUUCUCUGUCCUCCGCUUCUGUCCUGAUCUGUCUGUCUUUCUUCCUUCAUCUCUCUCUUCUGUCUCACUCUCUAUCUCUCUGCAUUUCCUGUCUCUGUUUCUGUCUGUCUCUCUCUGUCUCUGUCUUUCUCCCUCUCCCUCGUGCUGUGUGAUCUAAUCUCUAAAAGAAUCUGUGACUCUCACAACGUCCCUGCCUUGGGGUGUCCUUCCGUGUCUUAAAAUCUCAAAAAGGAUAUAUUUAUUUAUUUGAUUAUUUAUUUUUAUUUUUGGUUCAACUUCUUCCUCCUGUGGUUUGUCAGUUAGUUAUGAUUGUACAGAUUGUUGUGUCUCGAAAUGGACAGUGAAUUAGUCGUGAAGGCGAAACGACCAAAGAGAGUUAAUGACAAUGAUUUUAAUCAAGGUUUUCUAGGAUCAGUCAAUAUUGGGGCAUGUCUUUAUGUGGUGAAAGGAUCCUGUUUUGCUCAAUACAAUACAAAAUAAUACAAUAAUGCAGUUUGCCAUACAAUGAUGACCUCAUGUGUGAAAGAAUAAGGUUGACUGAGUGCAUGGUACAAAAUUGAAGAUUGUACAAAAUUGCCCUCUGAACUAUUGUGUCAAUUGAGUUCUUGAGUCAAUCAAAGGACUAAUUUUACAGCUGCCUACGUUAUUGUUUCAUGAGUAUCCAGAUUUGCAGGCGUCAGAUUGCAUUUGAAAGGAUGAAUGUUGCAUUUACUGCACUUUCCUUAAACACUGAAUAUUAAGUAAUAGAACAUUGAAAUCACAUAAGGCCCAUCAACAUUCACUCACACACACGGACACAUGCACGUGACAUGCCCAUACUUGUACAUACACACUCACUCACACAAGUGCACACAAAUGCACUCACAGGUUCAAGCACACGUAUAUACUAACUCACACACUCCGACAUGUCAUCUGCACACAUGCACGUGCCCACACACACACACACACAAAAACAA